GCCGCACCCCACUCCCAUGGCGGCGGCCGAAGGGCCGGAGCCGCCCGUGGGGGCCCCCAGCGCGGAACCCGCGCCGCCGCCGGCCUGCCGCUUCUUCCUGGAGGGCCGCUGCCGCUUCGGUGCCCGCUGCCGCCAGCCCCACCCCGGGGCGCCGGCGCCGCCGCAGCCUAGAGGCGAGCCCGAAGCAGAGGCCAAAGCCAAGAAGCCGCCGCUGCGCACGGCUGUGGCUGUCAUCCAGCGCAUCCGCUGGGACCCGCGCCUCGACCCGGCCGACUUUUCCGUGGGCUACGUCGACCGCUUCCUGGGUGUGCGCGAGAAGCCCUUCCUUUCCUUCUGCUGGGACGAGCCUCUGGCGGCGCUCGGGCCGGGCGUUCUGGCCGUGCCGCAGCACCGGGUGCGCUACUUCCGCUUCCGCGGCCGUCUGGUGUGGGACCGCGCCUCGCGUACGGACCUCGUCUUCGGCUCGGGCUUGGCUGCGGGCCGCGGGUCCACCAUCCUGGACGCGCUCGACGGCGGGGAUGCGCACGGUGUCGGAGAGGAGGGCGACGGCGAGGACGCGCACCAGACCGGGCAUGCGAGCGACGGCGAGCACGUGCACGGAGCCGGAGGUGAGAGCAACGGCGUGGACGCGCACGGGACCGGGGGCGCGCACGACGGCGGAGACAGGGGCGGGGACGUGCAUGGGACCGGGACCGGGGACGAGAGUGACGGCGAGGACGCGUACGGGGCCGGAGGUGCGCUCAGCGGUGGGGACACGGCCGGGGCCGGAGGCGCACAGGACGGUGUAGCUGCGACCCGUCUUGGCACCGGUGCGGGAGGGCGCGUACAGCCAGCUUGGACGGGACUCCGGGCCGCCUUGGCCCCGGAUGGCGGAGGCCCCGAAGCUGGGCGCCUGGCGUUGGCAGGAACGUUAUCGAGGAUCCAGGAGCGGGAGUUGGGCGGCCCUGGAGGCCAAGGUUCCCCGUGGAUGCAGCCAAGAAGGGCGCUGAAGCCAGCCGCCGCCGCUGCCAGGGAGCUGGAGCCCCCGGGUGGGAAGCUGCCGGCUGUGGUAGCCCCGGGAAGGCCCUCGGAAGGCCUCUCUGAGACGGAAGUGGAGUGGGGUCCCGGGGUCUGGCCCGUGGACGGUGGAGCAGCCGGGGCCGUGGGCCCUCGCCGGCCCCGCCCCACGCACUUCGUGGCCCUCAUGGUGACAGAGGCUGAGCUGCAGGCCGGGGUGUCUAAGGUCCAAGAAGAACUGGUACGAAAUGCACCAGCUUGCGCGGCGUUCACAGUGCCUGCUCAGGCCCUGCACCUGACAGUGGCCCUGCUGAGGCUGGCGGGCCCCGGGGAGGUGGCGGCUGCGGUCGACGCACUCAGAGGCGUGCUCUCGGACCCCGGGCUUCAGAUCCCUCAGAGACUCAGGUUCAGGCGCCUGGUGUUCCUGGGCUCUCGUGUGCUCUGUGCUCCCCCCGACCCUCCUUUGGAGAACAUGGCCCAAGUGCUCAGCCAGAGGCUGGAGGCCGAGGGGCUGAGAGUGCUGCAGCCCUGCAAGGGGCUACACCCCCACCUCACCCUGGCCAAGGUGCCCCAGGGUUGCCAAGUCGGCCUCCCCAAGCCUGGGUUCAGCCCAAGGCAGGAGCUGGGGAGCCAGCCUCUGGGGAAACUCUGGCUGUGCCGCGUGGGGAGGUCAGGGGGCACCUACCAGGCCGUGGCGGAGAUCCCCCUGGUAUCUCAAUGCCAAAAGAAAUAAAGGCCAGGACCCAGACACCCAGAGGCAAUCUAGCCCGGGGCAGAAAGACAAAGCGUGCUACGUGUGUUCUCUCUCUCUCUCUUUAAUUUUGGUUUCUCUCAAGCUUCCAAAUGGUGCUCAGUGCUCCAAGGAAAGAAUGAAGGAAGGAAAGGGG